GUGUGCACCGUCAGUCCAGCAGAUUCCAGCGCGCGAGCAGCACAGCAACAUCAAGACACUUCUCUUUAUCACUGGACUGUUGCAUAAUGCUUUCUCACUCGGACUUCACAAAAACGGAUUAACUGCAGAAGUUUGGCUGGAUUUAAAUAAAACGGACUUUUGGAUUACUUUGCACAAUCGGCAUUUUUUUGACGUCAGCCUCUGUUUGAUAAAGCAGGAGAGGGACAGAAAGAAGGAACAAGUGUCAUGGCUUUUGGCUUUUAAUUAUAAUUGUGUCAAGAAGCAGUGGGGUCAGCGAGCACCUGCAUCAGUGUCUUCUGAUCGAGCUGGAUCUUAUUGUACAGCAUGAAGCGAACCUUCCCUUCACUCCCGCUCUGUCUUCUCACAUUCCUGCUCCUGUCUCAGCAGUGCACAGGAAUCAAAUGGCUGGCACUAUCACAGACCACACAACACAUCAACAAGACCCAGCACUGCAAGACUUUGCCAGGCCUCGUCUCCUCUCAGGCUCAGCUCUGUAGGAGUAACCUGGAACUCAUGCAAACCAUCAUCCAAGCAGCACGGGAGGUUAAAAAGGUCUGCCAAAAGACCUUCGCAGACAUGCGCUGGAACUGUUCCUCUAUUGAUACUCAAAAAUUCCUCCCGGACCUGGAACGAGGAACGAGGGAAUCUGCAUUUGUAUACGCUCUCUCUGCAGCCGCUAUAAGUCACACUAUAGCACGGGCGUGCACCUCCGGAGACCUGAGGUUGUGCUCGUGUGGUCCGAUUCCAGGUGAAAUACCAGAGCCUGGGUACAGGUGGGGCGGCUGUGCUGAUAACCUGCAUUAUGGUCUCCUUAUGGGUUCCAAGUUUUCUGAUGCACCUAUGAAGUUUAAGAAGAAGUCUGGCACGCAUGCCAACAAGCUGAUGCAUCUUCACAAUAGCGAAGUGGGCAGACAGGCUUUGCGAGACGCUCUGGUCAUGAAGUGCAAAUGCCACGGUGUUUCUGGAUCCUGCUCCAUUCGGACCUGUUGGAGAGGCUUACAGGACCUGAAAGACAUCGCAAUGGAUCUGAAGACCAAGUACUUGUCAGCCACUAAGGUGGUCCAUCGGCCCAUGGGCACACGCAAGCAACUCGUCCCCAAAGACAUCGACAUCAGGCCAGUCCGAGAGAACGAGCUGGUUUAUCUUCAGAGUUCACCAGACUUUUGCAUGAGGAAUGACAAGAUGGGCUCUUUUGGUACUCAGGACAGGCAGUGCAAUAAGACCUCCAGCGGCAGUGACAGCUGUGAUCUGAUGUGCUGUGGCAGAGGCUACAACCCUUAUUCAGAGAGAGUGGUGGAGCGCUGCCACUGCAAAUACCACUGGUGCUGCUACGUCACGUGCAAAAAGUGCGAGAGGACUGUGGAGAAAUAUGUGUGCAAAUGAGUCUGCUAUCCAUCUCUGCGGUCUGCUCCGAUAAUUGUGCUGACCCCAUCACACGUACCUAUUCUCAGCUAAACUAAUCUAAAGGAGAUCUGGAAUGCGCUCUACUCAUUUUAACAGAACUGGACUGAAUUCUCAUUCGAAUUCCCAGACAUUGUGGUUGAACAAGCUGAAAAUGUCAAGACUUGAUUCUGUUCUAGAUAUUUUCAGCCUGGGUGUGGAGCAUAACCUUUGUCUACCUGACAUACUCGGCCACAGAUAACCAAAGCAUGUUACCAACGAGGCUUACUUUUGUCUUAUGCUUUUGCAGCUUGUAUGCUUUUGAGAAGACAUGGUUUAUUUUUGGCUAUAUGAACUUUUAUUAAGAAAUAUCAAUUCAGAAGCUGGACUUUAUUUUUUUUACUGCACAAAUGAACAUGGUCUUUUUGUUAAAAACACCCAGCUCACCGUCCUCAAGAGGAUUUUUCCUCUUUUUUAAAACAUAAAAGCAUAUGCUCCUUUAUCCAGAUUUUAAGUCUAUUUUCUUACACAGUACC